UUGAGCCGAGCGUGCGCGAACCGAGUCGACGGCAAACGAACGCCGUCCCGGAGCCAACGAGAAUUACAUCUUUUCUAGUACGCGUCCGACUUUUAGCAAGUACGUUCGUUACCGCAGGCCACACCGCGAGGCCGUUAUUCUGUGCGAAGUGUGACAGUGUGUUGUGAAUGAAGAUUGACGUGUGGAAUACAUCUCGGUUUAUCAUUUUUGUAUCAUAAAAGUGCCCUUCGUGUGAGCGCCCCCGUUUGCCCGCCGUUUGUCGACGCGGGUCUAGCUUUCUAUUGAGCGCGCUGGACGACCGAAUCGAUGAAGAGCCACAGUCGGCCAGAAUGACAACUCGCACAUUGAUCGAGAACUAUUCAAUCCAAUGGUGAUUGGAUGACGAUCUCAGCUCGCUCCCCGGAUAAGGAGCCGACGCCACCCAAGCAGAUCAACUACGCCGAGCCGCUCGUCGAGUCCGUGCGCGUGUACCUGGCCAAUGAGCUGCCCACCAAGCAGCUAGCGCUGGUGCCCCGCGCCGCGUCGCCACCCGCCAGCCACCCGCCUGCGCCGCCCGUGUGCCAUGCGGACAUCGUGACCGACACGGCCCGUGAAGACAUCAAAGGAAUCAACUUCGAAGCUCGUCUCAACCGAAAUGACCUAAACAACAACGCGUCACGCCGUCAGAACGAAACUCGUGAAAUGCCAAACCAAGCUGAACUCAUGCAGCGGCAACCGCUGCUGGCUCGCAACGUCAAGUUGGACGCGCCCCAACCGACCACAGACGAGUCCGAUCCCGAUCAGGACCACUCCCCGCAGCGCACUCACGCCGGUGACUUCAUAGUCGAACUGCCACCGGGCACGGUCAGGGAGGAAAGAUAUCCAAAGGAAAUAUGGAAGACAAUAAUUUCAUUCUUCUUCCUGUUCAUAUGCGUAUGCAUAAACAUGAUGUCUCUGUCGCUCGUGCACGAGCGACUUCCAGACAGAAACACAACGGCCCCACUGAAUGAUAUAGUGCUAGAUAACAUAACGGCGCGGGACUGGGGACUGGCGGUGUCAGAAUAUCUCAUCAUGAUAUCGACGACUGUGGCAAUGCUAGUGGUAGUUUUCCACAAACACAGAUUUAUCGUCGCGCGCCGCUUGUUUUUCAUCAUCGGUCUCCUGUAUUUGUACCGAUCGCUCACCAUGUUCGUAACCGUCCUGCCCGUUUCGAGCACAACGUAUUAUUGCAGUCCCAAGAGCAACAAUACGACACCGCUUCUAGUUAUAAGAAGGAUGUUCUAUUUAAUAUCAGGAUUCGGCCUGUCCAUCAACGGAAAGCAUACCUACUGUGGAGACUAUAUUUACUCGGGACACACCAUGGUCCUAGUGUUGAGUUACCUCAUAGUCGCAGAAUAUUCACCAAAGAAGCUUUGGCCUGUCCACUGGGCGAUGUGGGGCUCCGCCUUACUCGGAGUGUCGUUCGUGCUGCUCGCCCACGGCCACUACACGGUGGACGUGGUAAUCGCGUAUUACAUAACCACCAGACUGUUCUGGACAUUCCACUCUCUGCUGGUAACGCCGCAUCGGACCGGCAACGGGUACAACCACUACAUGAUCCAGCGCGAGUGGUGGUACUGGAUCUUUACGUACCUGGAGCGGAACGUGCGCGGGCCUGUGCCACGGCGCUACGACUGGCCGCUGCCGUGGCCGCGCACCAAGCUGUUCAGCCGCCUCAGCUAGUGACGCGCGCGUCCGCCGUCGCCGCCCCCGCCGGAACGCGUAUGACGCUCACCUUCUGCGAAUGCCGCUUCAGCACCUGCAGCUCCUUUGGACUGGUGCGCGUGCAGAUGGCUAAGGUGAGCGUGUAGUCGAACUGAUGGACGAUCAGGUUCAGGUAGACGGUCUCCUCCCAGUCGAUUUCGGGAUCGCCGAUUGGCAGCUUCUUGGAAUCCUUGCGGAAGACCUCGACGUCAGUCUGCGAACAAGCCGGCCGGCGAUGCAGCGGUUAGCCUCGAUCUGGCGCCGUGCGAGCGCGUCGCGGGGCCCGCGCGCCCACGGCGGUUACAUGUGAUACACGAUAGACUCUGUGCGUGCCGCGAGUAGCGACCUCCCUAGCGCAAAAUGUUCUAUUUAAUACCUAAGACCUCUGUAUGCUUUUAUUGUUAAUAGAUUAAGAGAUCAAAUUUUAAUUGACGAUGAACAAUAACAAAUGAUCAAUUACUAUAAUGAACUGUCAACUGUUGAAAAUUUGAAAUUUUUGUUUUAUAAUUGUAUAUUUUAUAAGUGGUUAUAAUCAAUCUCGAGUCUAACAAAGAACAUACUAUUUAUUAACAAAAAAUAUACUGUGAUUCGUUUUUGAAUAACGUUGACUGAGUGCGUGCGUGUGUUGUGAGGCGAGUGGUUGUAUUAGUGCAUACUACGAAGUACAUUCUUGUUGUAAUAGCAGCCUAUUGUAAGAAAUAAUAUUUUUAUAUUGUUUAAAAUAAAGUACAUUAUAACUGUUGUAAAGCAGACUUUUGUAUUUCCAAAAAAAUAUUUCUCGUAGAAUUUGAUAAUUUUAAUCCGUAUGGUGCUAAAUCUAGGAUCUUAUCUAGCGAAAUUUCAAUGAACAUAUAUGGCAAGUCUAUACGCUAAACGACAUUAGAUAACGAUAGUCUGAAUAUAAAUACUUUUGUGACUUGCUGCACAAACUGAAUUCAUUUACAUUAUUUGCUUUUAAAUCAGAACAAAGACUCGAUACGUGAAGGUCUAUCCAGUUAAAUAUUUUUAAAUACGUCAUAAUGCAAGCUAAAUAAUGCUUAGGUUUGUGUAUAAGUACUAUUGAAAUUGAAUAUUGAUGUUUAGCAAGAACCUAUUAUAUGAUAACCGUCUCAUAUCUUAGUAUGUAAAGUGUUUAUCUUCACGUAUUUGUAAAACCUCAAUGAUAACAUUGAAUCGAAAUUAUAUAGAAAACAUUGCAUUUAUACAUCAAUUUGUUUCUACACUUGUUAAAAUUAAUCUUUGCAAUGUAACAUUGUUGUCUUUGUCGUGUAAGCGAGCGGAAACUAAAAUCUAAAUAAUUGUAGUCGGCCUUACUCUUUUAUAGUUUAAGUAACAUGAUCUGUAGCAACACAACUGUCACACGACCAAAGUGUAACCUCGUAUUGAAUCCAGAACAACAAUUCGCUCAACGUGUACCUACUUUACUGGUUCCACUUCGGUCGCGUGGCACGGAGUGUGCACCCACGCGAGUUGCUGGCUAUUCGGUACUCACUUCGUAUUUGGGCAAGUAUCGGGAGGAACCCUUGACGUGUCGCUUGCGGACAAAGAACAGUAGAUCGUCGCAGUCUAUAGACUGUUCCUCUUGGAACAGGAAGUGGCGCACGAACAGGUCUGUCCAGUACGUCGUCCCCUGCAGCACUACGAAGCCGGAAUCUGAAAAAUCACACUUAAUACUAUCUCGUUUCCUAUUUCCGAACCCUCUUCAUCUUUCUUUUGCUAUAUUUAAUCUAUUUUCAUCGCUUCCGAGUCCACCACGGCCAGUGUAGUUACCUAAAGUCAAGUGCCUUCGAGGAUUGUUUACCCUUAACUAUUAGAUUGUAUAUAGUUAACUUAUAGCUGUUUUAAUAUUUCAGUUUUAAACAAAUCGUUUAGAAUACUGUUAUCGAAUGUGAUAAUAAAUUACUAGUUAUGUUUGCUUCGUCAAUGCACUUUAUAUCAUGUUUUAAUGUAUUUUAAUGUUUAAGGAUUGUUUUAAGCUUGGUCAAGGUCACUAUAUUAUUAAGUUUGGAUCGUGGCUACUGAGCGAGAGCACCGCUUCGCUCCUCUGUAUAUAUAUAUUGGUCACUGAACAUGUCGCUUUAUCGCAGUCAUGCGUAAUGAAUUGUAACAAAAAUGAAAUGAGAUUUGUACCUCCGAAAGAUAUUUAUUAUAUAUUGUAAAUAUAAUUUAUUGUUUAAGAGAUCGAAGACGAAUAAAAUAAUGUAAUAAUUGAACCUUAGAAUUGAACUUUGAUAUAUUUUGUUCUCAUUAUUCUGUGUAAUGAAACACUGAAAUUGUAAAUUCAUGAAAUCAAAUAACCGUUCAUAAAUUUUAGUGAAUGGCGUAAAUUAUGAAUGAUAUAAUGUAAUUAAUCUACAUUCCGUAAGAUAAUGCAGAUGCUUUAGUUAUCAUGAUGUGCUUGAACUAAUUGUCAAUAGAAUACAAAUAGUUACUAUUUUAUUUAUGUAUGAGAGAUAAUAAGGCAAGAAAGGAAAACUUUGUGUAAUUGAAGAUAUAACCAGUUAUACCAUUGCUGUUGUGGAUCAAAGUUCAAUAAAUGUUUUUUCUAAA